AUGGACAGAGCGCACAGGGCGCUUAGACCUCUGGCGCUGAACCCAGACACCCCUAGGGAUGUAAUAGUGCGGAUGCACCGUUUCCCCAUUAAGGAGCAAUUGGUCCGACAAGCCAGACAAAAUCCCCCAACUUUCCAACAGCAGACCAUAGCCCUUUAUCAGGACCUGGCGCCUUCGACUCUCAAGAAAAGGAGAGAUCUGCGACAAUUGACGAACACCCUCAACCACCACGGCAUACGAUACAUGUGGGGACACCCCUUCAAGCUGCUGGUCCGCAGAGAAAACCAGACGCACAUACUAUCGAAUGCGGCGGAGAUGAUCCCCUUCGCAGAGUCCCUAGGCCUCACGCUUCUACCUCUACAACCGAAUAGACCACCUGGCCCCAGAGGGAGACGUCAGGAACCCAUCAGCCAUUCACCUCGACGCACACCGAGGAAAAGAGCACCCCCAAGACCACAAGACGGCAGCCCACAGCGGCACUAA